CAACAACCGUCCCCCACGCUGCCUCGGUGCAACGAAAAAGCGUUCCCCUCCCCCGCCGCAGCCUCCCUUCGUUCGUUCCGCACGCAGCCCCCCACGCGCCCCUUCUCCUGCUCCUCCAGGGGCUCAAAGGGGCUCUGCUGUGCCCCCCACUCCCGGUGAGGGGGCGGCAGGUGCGGGUGCUGCAGUGGGGACGGCCCGGACGGGCCCGGCUAUGGGGCCGGGAGCUGCAGCACUAUUUAAGCGCAGCCCCUCACAUGAUGGGAGCGUGACUGCCCUGAGGAGGCAGCAGGAUGGCGCUGAGCAGGGCGCAGCCCGCCCGGCCCUGCGGGGAGAGCACCCGGCUGCUGCCCCAGGCAUCCAAGCUGGUGGAGCUGCCCUACUCCUCCUCCGAUGAGGAUGAUGGCUAUCUGGCUGGGGAUGCAGACCUUCUGAUGGCUGAGCAGGACCCUGGGACAUGGAGCCCCGUCUCCAACAAGCCAAGCGCCUUCAGCCAAUGCGUGCGGUACCUGGCCUUCUUCUGGAAUCUCCUCUUCCUCCUGCUGGGGCUGCUGGCCCUGGCCGUGGGGGUGUGGGGGCUGCUGGCCAAGGGCUCGCUGGGAGGGCAGCGUUUGGCCCCGCUGGGCUCCGACCCAAUGCUGCUCUUCGUGCUGGCGGGGUUGGGGGCCAGCGCCGUCUCCCUGGCCGGUUGCCUGGGCGCCCUCCGCUCCAGCCCCUGCCUCCUGCGCUUCUUCGUGGGUGCCGUGCUCACCUUCGUGGGGCUGGAGGUGCUGGGGGGGCUGCUGCUGCUGGCAGCACGGCACCGGCUGCGGGAUGCUCUGCGGGACACCCUGCUCCUCUGCCUCCUGCGCUACCAGGACGAGCCCGACCUGCGGUUCCUGGUGGAUGAGGUGCAGCGGAACCUGCGGUGCUGCGGCCUCGGCUCCUAUCGCGACUGGGAGAGCAACGCAUACUUCAACUGCAGCGCCCCAGGAGUGCAGGCGUGCAGCGUCCCUGCCUCCUGCUGCCUGGAUCCCUGGCAGAAUGGCACCGUCACCAACACCCAGUGUGCUUUUGGGGUCCUGCGCCUGGAGGACGUGGCAGCCGGUGGCAUCGUGCACCUGGGGGGCUGCGUGGCCCAGCUCAGCGCCUGGCUCCACGGGCAGGUGGGCGGCAUCGUGACCGGCGCAGCCGUGCUGGUGCUGGUUGAGGCUGCCGGCGUGCUCAUGGCACUGAAGAUACUGAGAGACAUCGCGCCUGUCAGGGUGCGGGAUUGAGGAUGUGAGGGCUGCCACCUGGGGUGGGGACAUGCAGGAGUUGGGGACACGCAGGGGGCUGAUCCAGCUCAGAAUAAACCUUGAUGGAAGCUUGAACCCCCUAUCCGUGUUCUGUCCAUCCCACCCUGUGGCUUGGGGAAAAC